GAAUGUGAAGCCCGUGCUGCCAGAGUAGCUUGAGAUGGACGUCUAGCGUUUAUAUGCUGCCAAAUCAGUUACUGUAUGUAUAGAGACUCAGUUGCGCUUAAGAAAUUCGGUUAGAAUCGAUAAAUCAUUCUCUGCCCCAUGGAUAUGUGAAACUACAGAAGUGUUGGCGAGUCUUGCCUUGGAUUCUGAUGCCUUAAAACUACUUGAUGUGAUAAUUGCACAGGAUAGUGAGCCUUGGUGUCAUGUCAAAUACCUUAAGGUGUCAUGUAGGGGGCCAAGGUUGUUUAUUCAUAUCCUUAGCACUUGUUCAACUUGCAUGCUUUGUUUCCAUUGUCUGAAUUCAGCAUAACUAAAGAGGCCCUCCUUCAAAUCUGUUUGUUUUUCUUGAAUGCUGCACAAAUAAGAACAUGUUAACAUUUUAAACGUUCUAAUAUGUAUUCUUCAAUGUUUUAGGGUUUCAGAUCCUUUGUCUGGACAACUGUCUCAUAUCAAAUGAAGGACAUCAUGAAGCUGUCACCCUCAACAUCACAGUUUUUGGUCUCUGCUGCAUUUUCCCCUUGGAGCAUAAAACCUAUAUAUGGAACUUGGGAUCUGCCAUGACAGAUGUUGUUAUAGAUGCAAUGAUUGCAGAGGCAGUUCGAUCAGCAGGGCCAGAAUUUGCUGGUGAUCUCCAGUCAUUAUCUUGGUCAUCAAUGGCUGUAGGGGGGAUAUUUGGGAGCUUAUUGGGAGGAUACGCAUUGUCCAAUCUCCCAAUAAAUGCUAUUUAUAUUAUGUUCUCUGCUCUUCCACUGUUCCAACUAGUUACAUGUGUUUUCCUUAAGGAAUCUCCAAAAGGAUUUGAAAGCACGACAGAUAACGCCGCACAUGAUCAUGUUGAUGGUCAGAAUAUUGAUAGUGCUUUUGCUGGACAAGGCUCAGGUGAAUCUUUUAAAUAUGAGGGCACUAGGAAGCGAAAGGUUGCUCGUAAAAAGAGCAAAAGGAGAUCAUUAUCCAAACGAUCUGAAGCUCAUGAGAAGCACAAUAAAUCAGUUGAUUUAUACUCAUCUCUGAAAUCAGCCUUAGUCAGUUUAUGCACUGCUUUUAAGCAGCCAGCAAUUUUGCGACCUAUGGCAUGGUUUUUCAUUUCAAAUGCAGCAGUUCCAAAUAUCUCAACAGUUAUGUUCUAUUAUCAAAUGGAGGUUCUACAUCUGGAGGCAUCCUUCCUAGGGACUGCACGUGUGAUUGGGUGGUUCAGUCUAAUGCUUGGCACAUAUAUCUACAACCGCUACUUAAAGCAUACAAAACUCAGGAAUAUUCUUAUGUUUGCACAUGUUGGCCUUGUGAUAAUUACUGUAUUGGACAUUUUACUGGUGUCAAGAUUACAUAUUCAGUAUGGAAUAGCAGACAAAUACAUGGUGCUGUGGGGCUCUGCUUUGGCCGAUGCAAUCAACCAAUUCAAGAUGAUGCCGUUCCUAAUCCUCUCAGGACAGCUUUGCCCGCCUGGAAUCGAGGGCACACUGUUUGCUCUGUUCAUGUCCAUUAACAACCUCAGUUCGACAUUAGGUUCAUUCCUUGGAGCUGCAUUGACGCCAGCUUUGAACAUCUCGUCGGUACAGUUUGACAAUCUGGCGCUCGGCCUAGCUGUUCGGCUGAUCGGAACUCUCUUACCUAUCGGAUUUUUGUUUCUGAUUCCAAGGGACGUUACGGGACUAACAUCAUAGGAGAUGGGUUACAGACCUGAUCAUCAUUUUUUCUGGACUGGUCUGGUCUGUAUUCCCUAGUCUUACUCAUACAUGCAUAUAGAGAAAGCAAAUUGAAGCCAGCAGGAAGGUAGCUCUCUUUUGUUGAAAUAUGUAUACAUGCAUAUACUUGAAUGAGAGGAAGAGUGCAAUAGCUGACAUUACCAAGCGUUAAGCAAUGGCAAAACUGUGUAUCAAAUGUACUUGCAAGAACAUGUGUUACAUGGAAAGUGUUAUUGUUUAUGAUUUAGCUGUUGAUGUAUACAUCUGUCUAUCUAUCUACCUACAUUACCUAUCUA